AUGGUUCUAGGAAGGUGGGGAUGGCGUGGAGAAGAGCGUCUCCAGCCAGUUGCCUGUAAAGUGUGUUCUGAGGAUUUUUCUGACUUAUCAAACCUGAAAGGACACUUGAGAACCCAUUCCGGUGAAAAGCGAUUUUCCUGCGAAGGCGAGAAACCGAUUUCCUGUGAACAUUGCUCAAAGGCAUUUUCCGACGCUUCAGAUUUAAAGAAACAUCUGAGAGUACAUACUGGCGAGAAACCGCAUUCCUAUUUAAAAAGACAUAUGAAAAUCCAUGAUGCUGGAGAGAAAACGCAUUCCUUUGAACAUUGCUCAAAAAGCAUUCCCAAUGCUCCAUAG